UGUGAGAGAGAGAGAGAGAGUGUCUUUGUGUGUGUGUGUGUGUGAGAGAGAGAGAGAGAGAGAGAGUGAGUGAGUGUCUUUGUGUGUGUGUGUGGAGAUGUUCACUCGUUAGGUGGCGCAGCUCCACACACACUUUCAGCUGCUUGUGAGCGCAGGAAGGGGGCAGGGUUGACGCGUCGCUUUCCUUUCGCUGUUUGCCCAUCACAAUUUGCUGAAUCACACAAACUCUUCCGCAUCGUCAAAACUUUGAAGACAGAUCGCGCACGAAUUAGUUCCAUGGAUAGAUAGAGGGAUUUUUCCUCCGUAAAAGAGAGACAGAGAGAAGGUUUAUCCUACUUCCGAGAACACUUCAUGGCGAAAAGUGGCACUUCCUCGUGUGUUUCGGAUAGAUAUUUCUUUUUCACUCUUGCCUUCUGUCACGUACGGGACCUCCGCGUGCUCGACUUAUGACAAUCCACGCACUUAAAAGUUUGGAUUUCACGUGAAUGUAGAGGAUCCUUCGACAACACUCAUCAGAGACAUGAAGCUCAGCAGACAGUUCACAGUUUGUGGCAGUGCCAUAUUCUGUGUGGUGGUAUUUUCCUUAUACCUGAUGCUGGAUCACAUAGACCACAGCAAAAACCCAAAUGGAGAGAGAGUUCAAAACGGCCAGAUUGGUAUUCUGCAGGACAAAAUAGACCACUUAGAAAGACUGCUUGCAGAGAACAAUGAGAUCAUUGCCAACAUCAGGGACUCUGUGAUUAACCUCAGGGAAAAUGUGAAAGAGGGGAAAGUGUUUCCUGAAGGGAACAUCAGUCAGGGGAUCUCUGAAUUGCUUCCCCCUACCCCUGCGCUGUUCCCCAUCGACUCCGAGGACUGCCAGUUUGCAGCCCGGACAUACUCAAAGGCAGCGGAUGGAGUGCAGAUGCUGGAUGUUUACGAUCUGCUCAGCUUUGAUAACCCUGAUGGUGGAGUAUGGAAACAAGGCUUUGAAAUCUCUUAUGAGGAGAAUGAAUGGGACAAUGAACCACUGCAAGUCUUUGUUGUGCCCCAUUCACAUAAUGACCCAGGCUGGCUGAAGACAUUCAACGACUACUAUCGAGACCAGACGCAGCACAUCCUCAACAACAUGGUGGUCAAGUUAAGUGAGGACAGCCGGCGUAAAAUGAUCUGGUCUGAGAUUUCUUAUUUCUCAAAAUGGUGGGAGAGUAUCGAUGAGCAAAAACGAGAUACUGUCAGGAGACUGGUAGACAACGGUCAGCUGGAGGUGGCCACAGGAGGCUGGGUGAUGCCUGAUGAAGCCAACACGCACUACUUUGCAUUGAUAGAUCAGUUAAUUGAAGGCCACCAAUGGCUUGAGAGAAAUUUGGGAGUGAAGCCCAAGACUGGCUGGGCUGUGGAUCCGUUCGGUCACACUCCUACCCAGGCUUAUCUGCUCAGACAGGCCGGUCUGUCUAACAUGCUGAUCCAGAGAGUACACUACUCAGUGAAGAAACACUUCUCCUCUCAGAAGACUCUGGAGUUCUUCUGGAGGCAGAAUUGGGAUCAGGACUCUAGUUCAGACAUUUUGUGUCACAUGAUGCCGUUCUACAGCUAUGAUAUUCCUCAUACGUGCGGACCUGACCCAAAGAUCUGCUGCCAGUUUGACUUCAAAAGACUCCCGGGUGGAAGAGUCAGUUGUCCUUGGAGAAUCCCACCUCAAGCCAUUACAGAAACCAACGUCCAGGAGAGAGUUCAGGUGCUGUUGGACCAGUACAGGAAAAAAUCCAAGCUGUUUCGUACCAACGUGCUGCUGGCUCCUCUUGGAGAUGACUUCCGCUACACUGAAGCUGUGGAAUGGGACCAGCAGUUUGAGAACUACCAGAAACUUUUUGACUACAUGAAUUCUCACCCUGAGCUCCACGUCAAGGCCCAGUUUGGCACCAUUUCAGAUUAUUUUGAGGCCUUGCGUAAAAGCACUGGCAUGGAUCCAGUUGGCAUGAAUGUUGGCGAGCCAGCUCUACCCGUGUUAAGUGGAGACUUCUUUACUUAUGCAGAUCGGGAUGACCACUACUGGAGCGGAUACUUCACCUCACGACCGUUCUAUAAACAGCUGGACCGAGUACUGGAAUCACACCUCAGGGCAGCUGAGAUCCUCUACUCUUUGACCUUGGCCAACAUUCAGAAGACUGGCAAACCCGGUGAUUACCCUGCGGUAGAUAAUUAUAGGUUACUGACAGAAGCCAGACGCAAUCUGGGUCUCUUCCAGCACCAUGAUGCCAUCACGGGCACAGGCAAAGACUGGGUGGUUGUGGACUAUGGAACCAGGUUGUUUCACUCCAUUCUGAAUGUGAAGCGAGUGAUUGUCAGUUCAGCCCAUUGGCUGGUGCUCAAGGACAAACAAACAUACAGCCAUGAUGCUUCAAAUCCCUUUCUUCAAAUGGAUGAUGUUCAGCCAGUGCAAGAUGCCUUACCUCGCAAGACUGUUCUGGAGGUUCAUGAUAAGCCGAGAUUGGUUGUGAUUUACAACCCCACAGAGCAGGCCAGGUCGUCCAUGGUUUCGGUGUACGUGAACACUCUUCACGUGCGCGUGCUCGAUGCUCUUGGCCAUGUGGUACACGCACAGGUCAGUGCAGUAUGGAAUGAUGCCACCCACCCUGCCACUGAUGUCUUCCAGUUGUCGUUUGUGGGUCACGCUGCUCCGCUGGGUCUUAGCGUAUACCAGCUGACGGAAGGAAUGGAGCCGAGGACAGGAGCUGCCAAAUACACGUUCUUAACAGAAGACAAGCACAUUACAGUCAACGGACUGGAACAUUUCAGAUUGUCCUACCAGGACGAUGCUGCUCCUGUGCAGAUUGAAAAUCCACACCUGAAACUCUCCAUCUCUGCAGCGACAGGUCUUCUAGAGACUAUGAAGCUGAAGGAGGAUGACUCAGAGCACCAGGUCAGGGUGGAGUUUGUUUGGUACGGCACCACCAGCAACAAAGACAAAAGCGGCGCUUACCUGUUCCUGCCAGACAAAGAAGCUACAAGUUACUCUCCCUCUCAGCCAGCUGUGAUAAGAGUCACUAAAGGGCCGCUGUUUUCUGAAGUCACCACUACCUUUACACACAUCACACACACUCUCCGCCUCUACAACAUUAAGGGUGUAGAGGGCCAGUCUGUUGAGAUCUGUAACACUGUAGAUAUAAGGGGCGAAUUCAACCGUGAAAUUGCAAUGAGGAUAACAUCAGAUCUGAAUAGUGAGGAUCGAUUCUUUACCGACCUCAAUGGCUACCAGGUGCAACCAAGAAAAACUAUGGCUAAACUCCCCCUGCAGGCAAACUUCUACCCGAUGUCCAGCAUGGCCUACCUGCAAGACUCCAGCGCCAGACUCUCUCUGCUCACCGCACAGUCACUGGGAGCUGCCAGCCUCAAGAGUGGUCAGCUGGAGGUGAUUUUGGACCGCAGACUGAAUCAGGAUGAUAAUCGAGGUUUAGGUCAGGGAGUGCUGGACAAUAAAAUUACUGCUAACUCCUUCCGCCUACUGCUGGAGAAGAGGAGCUCUGCGGAGGAGGGCCACAAUGAGGAGACUGCUCCAUAUAGCUACCCAUCUAUGCUGAGUCACAUGUCUUACAUGUAUCUCAACCACCCCCUCAUCUCAAUGGCAACCAGUCUAGACUCAGCUGCCCUGUCCUUGACCCCCUACAAUCCUCUGAGUACAUCCUUCCCCUGCGACAUUCAUCUGGUCAACCUACGUGCCAUCCAGUCUAAGGAGGAAGGGGGUGGUCCAUCCGAGGAAGCUGCUUUGAUACUGCACAGAAAAGGCUUUGACUGUGGCUUCUCCAAUCGGAACACUGGUCUACUGUGUACCACCACACGUGGCAAGAUUCAUUUAGAGAAGUUCCUGACAGACCUUAAGGUGAAAAGCAUCACUCCUGCCUCACUGUCUUUGAUGCACACACACAACAGUGAGACAGACCAGCAGGAGAUCAGCCUUAAACCCAUGGAAAUCAGGACUUACCGCCUGCAGCUGAGCUGAGCCAUGCAACGGCCGCAGUCGCUCCCUCUUUUGUCAUUACUCGGCUCAUGUUCUCAGCAUUUUACACAUGACUCUGUAGUUGUUGCCUUCAGUUAAGGACUCUGAGUGAUUGUCAACAUAAACCUUAAGCUUCACGGUAAAAGUGCAAUAUGAAAUCUAAAAGAAUUCCCAACCAGUUCUCUCAGGAUAUUUUAAAAUAACAUAGAACGUGAAAAUUCUUAUGCCUGAUUCACUGUGCUGGCAGUUGACUUCUUUUGUACUGGGAAUAUACAAAUUUCUUGUACCGUUUUAAAAACGUUGCCACAGUGGUUGGUGCACAAAAUCGCUGUUCUUGCUUAUGUUACUCGACUACCAGAAAAGUUUAGCCUGUGUGAUCAGAGGGCUUAUGCUCUGUUCAUUUUAUUUUCAAGGUUCCUGAAUUAAAGUUUUUUAAAAUCUAAAUUGUAAAACAAUUGGAAUCUUGGCAGAAUUGUUUUUUUUUGUUUGUUUGUUUUUUUUUUUUGAUAUUCCAAAGUUCUUACUCAGAAUUGUGCCUUAGUCUUAGAGGGUGGGAUCUGUCUUAAAGAAAUAGUUCACCCAAAAAUGAAAAUUCUGUCAUUUACUCACUCUCAUGCCAUCCCAGAUGUGUAUGACUUUCUUUCUUCUGCUGAACACAUUAAGAUUUUUAGAAGAAUUAUCCAGCUCUUUUGGUCCAUACAGUACAAGUGAAUGGGUGCCAAAAUUGAAGCUCAAAAAAAAAUCACAUAAGUCUGCAUAAAAGUAAUCCAUAAGACUCUAGUGGUUAAAUCCAUGUCUUCAGAAGUGAUAUGAUAGGUGUCACUUGCAUUGUAUGGACCUACAAAGCUGAGAUAUUCUUCUAAAAAUCUUCAUUUGUGUUCAGCAGAAGAAAAUAAGUCUUACACAUCUGGGAUAGCAUGAGGGUGAGUAAAUGAUGAGAGAAUUUUCAUUUUUGGGUAAACUAUGCCUUUAAAGUGAUCAAAUAAGUAAUGCUGAAAGCUUUUAUGAUAACAGACUACAUUUGUUUUAAUCAUUCACCGUUACUUUUAAAAUAGAAAAAUGCCACACAGGUUUUAGGUUAUGAUCUUUAAACAACGAUGUAUCUCCACAAUCAAACAUUUGUGAAGUGUUUUUUCUUUUUUUUUUUUUUUUUUUUUUGCAAUUUACAAAUGCAGAUAUCGAGCCAUGCAUACUUUAAAUGUUCUUUGAUCAUUAUUAGCAAUGCAAAUGACUGCAAGUUACAUGUGUUAAUCACAUUAAUUGAAAUGGGUCAUUUAAUAGAACUCAAGAAGAUGAAAUGGAGAUGACUUUAUUUUUUCACACUUGUCAGAUUGUACUUUCAAAUAUCUUUUGUCUUUUUUUGAGGGAUUCUUGUUAUUGUCUGUUUUUACAGUGUAUACCUAGUAUAUAUUGGUCAGCCUUUUUUCCCUAAUUUGUCUAUUUUACACAGUCUGAAGGAUUGCAAAUAGGUUCGGGUUUAAAAAAAGUCCACUAAAGGUGGUUGAAUGAUUGUGUACAAAAGAUGUGUAGUGAUUUUUUUUUUUCUUUUUUUUUUUUUUUGCAUCAGUUGUUAUACCCAGAGAAGAUAGAUAUCCGAGAGGAUAUUAAAUGUGUUAUUUAAUAUAUUAGGCUAUCUGAAUAUAAAUACGUAUUUAUACAAAUAUUAAUACAACUCUAGCAAUGGGGAUUUGAUUUAGUCUGAAGUGAUGCUUGAUUAUAAAAUGGGGUCGCGAUUACUAUGGAUUUGUAAAACUAAACUUCAUUUGAUUGUGUUGAAGUUUAGUUAAGAAUGGAAAUAAUCUUUUUUAGAACUGAAACUGUUGUAUACAUAACACAAUUACACACUAUGCAAAUCUACUUUUUAAUCUUAUGCAACAAUGAUCUUUUUUUAUUUUUUUUUAACCUGCAGGUUUGAGUGAUCACACAUUAUGUGGGAGUUUUACCUUUAUAUCAUAGACUUCCUGUAGAUAGAAAUUGUCCAAGCGAUCACAGUUUUUACCUGACAUAGUUUUUGUAACACUCUCAUAUGUAGGAGAUCAGUCAAAUUUGCCAUGCAUUAUUAUUGCAAGUCCUAACUUCUAUUUUUGGGGUGUAUUGUUUUUCUUUUUUCUUUCUGUUUUCUUUUAUUCUUUUAAUCAGCUUUUAAGCAGUGAAUAGCAUUGACCACUUGUCUUAAGUGUGAUGAAGGAUGAUCAUUUGUUGACUUGCUGCUGUGAUUUUUUUUUUAGAAUGUUAAUUGAAUCAGCCUGUUGUUCUUUUUCUGUUUGUUAAAAUAUUGACUGGCAUGUCGUUCUGUUGGUCAGCCAAAUGUUUUUUGAUCACUGUAUUCCAACAUAGCUGCUUAAUUCACUCUUCUCUUUUAUGACCAAAUUGGUCUGUGACUGUAGUGAAUCAGGACUAUGAACGAUGCUUUUUGUACCCUGUGAGAACAUUCCUCUUUUUUAAUAUACUGAAAGAUGUCUGAAGAGUGUGCAUCUUCAUCAGCGAAUGUCUGUCUGUCAGGAAAAUAAAAAUUGUGUAGUUUUA